AUGAGCGGCAGCAGCAGCAGCAGCAGCAGCAGAGGAGCAGCAGCAGCAGUAAACUCUGGUAGUCGCCCUUCACUCUUAUCUCUUUCCUACCCCUACCGCUAUAAACAUCCCAACUCCGCCAGCUGCAGCAGCAGCAGCAGCAGCAGCAGCAGCAGCAGCAGCAGCAGCGGCAGCGGCGGCGGGUUUGCGUGCCUGGAGCUGGAUGUCGCUCCAGCGGUGGCGGAACUCGUCCUGCACAGCAGCAGUUUGCUGCUGCAGCAGCUGCUGCGCCCCCGCGCCCCAGGGGGUUUCUUGCCAGCCAUAAAGCCGAUCUAUUUUGUUGAGAGCAACAACGAAGGGGCAUUUCCGCUGCCGCAGCAAAGACAAGGACUCCCGUGUCUGCGGCUCCAGCCCCUGCAGCAGCAGCAGCAGCAGCAGCAGCAGCAGCAGCAGCAGCAGCAGCGGGGGUGCAGCGGGAAGCAGGGGCUGCAGCGGAGGGGAAGCAGCGCUGCAGCAGCAAGCUGCUGCACGGCACACCCGCAGCAGCAGUCACACGGACGCAAACCCGAAACCCCAAACCACCAGCAGCAGCAGCACCAGCAGCAGCAGCAGCAGCAGCAGCAGCAGCAGCAGCAGCAGCAGCAGAACAACUACCAGCCGCAGCGUCAGCAACAGCACCAGCAGCCCAGCCAUCAGCCACACCAGCAGCAACGCCAACACCAGCAGCAACACCAGCAGCAACACCAGCAGCACCAACACCAACACCAGCAGCAGCAGCAGCAGCAACAGCAGCAGCAGCAACAGCAGCAGCAGCAGCAGCAGCAGCAGCAGCAGCAGCAGCAGCAGCGGCAGUAA